CCAGUCCAUCUCUUUAACUCCCCCCGCCCCUCAUCUCCAGUCAGGGCAACAACAUUUCCCGUGGAAUCCUCGCGGCAAAAACUUCACCGACUCUCUGCACUUCAGAGCACCGACAUGGAUGCACUCAGGUCGGCUGGGAGAGCCAUUAUCCGGAGCCCGAGCAAGGCGAAGCAGUCGUGGACCUCCGGCAGACACAGAAAGCUUCCAGAGAACUGGACAGAUACUCGGGAGACCAUUUUAGAGGGGAUGACCUUUAACCUCCGGCACCUAGGCAUGACACUUGUGGAUCAACCCAAGGGAGAGGAGCUGUCGGCGGCCGCUGUGAAGAGGAUCGUUGCUACGACUAAAGCCAGUGGGAAGAAGCCCCAGAAAGUUGCCCUGAAGGUUUCCCCUCAAGGGAUCGUGGUGCUGGACAGAUCUACCAAUAAACUCCUGGAAAGCGUCUCUAUAUACAGGAUAUCCUACUGUACAGUGGACAAGCUGCAUGACAAAGUGUUUGCUUACAUCGCUCAGAACACCCUCAAUGGGACCCUGGAGUGCCACGCUUACCUCUGCUCCAAGAGAAAAGUGGCGCAGGCAGUAGCCCUGACAGUGGCCCAGGCCUUCACAGUAGCCUUUGAGCUCUGGCAGGUGGCAAAGGAAGAGAAAGGUGUGAGAGUUAAGUCUGGUUCUGCGGGAGAGGGAAGCAGCAGUUCCCAGUCAGAAAGGUCCAACAGUCUGGGGAGUCUGAAAGGAACAGAUGCAGCCACAGAAAUCCUUUUGGACUUAGAGGAUGGUGUAAAGGUGUUGGUGGAGAGUAGUGGGAAUACAGGCGGCGAUCAGCUGGAUACAGACAGGCCCUCACAGACCAACAACAAUCCUGCCUCGGAAAUGGAAGACAGUUUGGAUGAAGCCUUUUCCAGACUGGCAGCAUCGCGUACUAACCCCCAGGUCUUGGACAUUGGGGUGAUGCCCCCAGACUGGCUCACCGAACCUGACUGGGACAGCACUGACGGAAGCCCUCACCACUGUUUCAGCGCACGCAAGGACGAUCCCUUUGGUUUCUAAUAUCUGAUCUCAGCACAGCAGAGAAGGAAGGGCAGAAACUUUUCUUCCUUUAACGUAAUCCAAGAUUUACCAAGAGUCAACAGUGAGAGCACAAGGGAACAAGCGUGGUCCUCGCUUCUGCACUUUUCUCAUGCGCAGUUCUUGCUUCCUUGUGCUCAGUCUGCUGCAUCUGCGCACCAAAGCAAUAAUACCAUCCCAUGUUAACACUACGCAUAAUCUGCUGUUACGCUGCAAACGACCUGUAGUGGAGUCUUUCGGCAUAAUCAGUAUAUGACGCAGCAUUCGUUCACCUAAUCAGUAUUUGUGGCCGCAGAAGUGACAUGUAUGUGCUUUGGUUACAUUGUAUAGUUACGUUUUUUUGUUAAAUGCAUAAAGUAGGACAGUUUAACCUGAAAAUCAGACCUUCAACCUUAACAAGGUAAUUACUGUUUUCAGUUGUUAUUCACUUCCUUCAUGGGUUUAUUGUGUAGCUUUGGCCUUUCUUUGCCAACACAUAUUCUUCUGUGUAUAAUCAGAAAUUUUAUUCUAUUUAUUUAUGUCCUUUGCAUAUUGUAGUAUGCCUAUAUUUCUCACUGAUGCAAUGAAAAUUCAUGUUGAAUGACCGUCUUAAUGAACGUUUUUUUUAAUCAACUGGCUUUGUACAGGAAUAAAAUGUAUUAAUUAAAUGCCUAA